CGCGCAGAACGGCGGCCGCGAGGCAGCCGGCGCGGUGCUCCCUCGGCGCGGUUCGCCGGAGCAGACUUUUGCUUACGGUUUGAGCCGCGGCCCGGUAGGUUGACUGAGCGGCUGGUGCGUGUGAGGCGGUGCUGGGCGGGGUUGGGUCGCCACUGCGCGAUCCGGCCCCAGUCUCGGUUACGUAGACGCCUAGUCAGCACGUGCCGCCGCGGGGACUCACCCUCCCCCGACGCAAAAGCUCCCUCGCUGUGCCCCUCCGGACCGGAUGGGGCCGCCUGGGCAGCGGCUGUGUGUGAGAAGCAGAUGGUUUCCCGAUGGGCAGACGCCUCGUGCGCCUCACCCCGCAGCGCGGCUGGCUCGCAGCUCGGAGGUUUCCUCUGGGCGCGGGUCGGCUGGCUGCACUGUCGGUGGCGGUGGCGCCUCGACUGGCCCCGCGUAACAAGGCCCUGGCAGGCUCAGCGGUGCAGCCCUCCCCUUUCGGAGCGGCUCCCGCCCUGCUGUGGAGCUGCGGCGUGUCGGUUGUGAUGCGCUUCUAGCCACCGAGCGGUCGUGCGAAUCCUUGAGUGGAGGCGCGAUGCGCCGCGCCCCGCGAGGCCGCCCGUACUGGGCCGGCCCGCGGCUUGGCGCCGCGCGAGGGCUGCGGCUCUGACUAGAGCCGCGCUCCGUAACAUGAUUACGACACGUGUCCUUGGCUUUGUUGGCCUCGGAGUGAGCACUGUCGGUCAGGCUCUGGGCGGCCGCGCGCGGUGGUCUCUUGUCCCCUCCGGAGACGGAGGGCUCUGACUCGGACCGCGCGCGCUGGCCUGCCCCUGUCUGGUCCGGGACUUCCGUUGCGGGAGGGGGUCUGGUCUCCGACUGGGCUCCCUCCCCGCGGGUUGUCUGCGGGCUACCUGGUUGAUCCUGCCAGUAGUCAUAUGCUUGUCUCAAAGAUUAAGCCAUGCAUGUCUAAGUAUAAGCGACUAUACUGUGAAACUGCGAAUGGCUCAUUAAAUCAGUUAUGGUUUAUUUGAUGGUACCUUGCUACUUGGAUAACCGUAGUAAUUCUAGAGCUAAUACAUGCAGGAGUUCCCGACUCACGGAGGGAUGUAUUUAUUAGAUAAGAAACCAAACCGGUCUCCGGUUGCGUGCUGAGUCAUAAUAACUGCUCGAAUCGCACGGCUCUACGCCGGCGAUGGUUCAUUCAAAUUUCUGCCCUAUCAGCUUUCGAUGGUAGGAUAGAGGCCUACCAUGGCGUUAACGGGUAACGGAGAAUUAGGGUUCGAUUCCGGAGAGGGAGCCUGAGAAAUGGCUACCACAUCCAAGGAAGGCAGCAGGCGCGUAAAUUGCCCGAAUCCUGACACAGGGAGGUAGUGACAAGAAAUAACAAUACAGGGCUAUUUUAGUCUUGUAAUUGGAAUGAGUACAAUUUACAUCUCUUCACGAGGAUCAAUUGGAGGGCAAGUCUGGUGCCAGCAGCCGCGGUAAUUCCAGCUUCAAUAGCGUAUAUUAAAGUUGUUGCAGUUAAAACGCUCGUAGUCGGAUUUCGGGGCGGGCCGACCGGUCUGCCGAUGGGUAUGCACUGGCCGGCGCGUCCUUCCACCCGGAGACCGCGCCUACUCUUAACUGAGCGGGCGCGGGAGACGGGUCUUUUACUUUGAAAAAAUCAGAGUGUUUCAAGCAGGCAGUCGCUCUUGCAUGGAUUAGCAUGGGAUAAUGAAAUAGGACUCUGGUGCUAUUUUGUUGGUUUCGAACACCGGAGUAAUGAUUAACAGGGACAGUCAGGGGCACUCGUAUUCCGCCGAGAGAGGUGAAAUUCUCAGACCAGCGGAAGACGAACCACUGCGAAAGCAUUUGCCAGGGAUGUUUUCACUGAUCAAGAACGAAAGUUAGGGGAUCGAAGACGAUCAGAUACCGUCGUAGUCUUAACCAUAAACCAUGCCGACUAGGGAUUGGAGGAUGUUCCAUUUGUGACUCCUUCAGCACCUUUCGGGAAACUAAAGUCUUUGGGUUCCGGGGGGAGUAUGGUCGCAAGGCUGAAACUUAAAGGAAUUGACGGAAGGGCACCACCAGGAGUGGAGCCUGCGGCUUAAUUUGACUCAACACGGGGAAACUUACCAGGUCCAGACAUUGUGAGGAUUGACAGAUUGAGAGCUCUUUCUUGAUUCGAUGGGUGGUGGUGCAUGGCCGUUCUUAGUUGGUGGAGUGAUUUGUCUGGUUAAUUCCGUUAACGAACGAGACCGCAGCCUGCUAAAUAGCGACGCGAACCCUCCGUUCGCUGGAGCUUCUUAGAGGGACAACUUGUCUUCAACAAGUGGAAGUUCGCGGCAAUAACAGGUCUGUGAUGCCCUU